CAGAAGAACAGAAAGAAAUGGCAUUUUGUUCGAUGCGGAUUUGCAAAUGUUUGUUGUGCGUUCGAUUACCGGAAAUAUUGAUUCCUAAGUUAUAAAAGUUCAGUAUACUCAACUCUUACCAAAAAUGGAAACUACUCAUAUUCAGAGCAAGUCAAUGUUUUUGUGCAAAUACAGUUUUUUGGUCGAAAUUCAAAUGAAUCGUUUCACGGGGUAUUAUAGCGGUAUUUUCCAUAUACGAAUUUUUACACCGGUGUUUCCCCAAACGUCUCGCAUGCACGUAACCGUUUUUCAAAACGAGCAAGCAAUUAAUAUUGAAAAUGUUCCAAAAACUGGUGACAUUUUCGAAUACAUGGAUAAACUCAUACAAUUUCUCGAUCGCCAUAAACUGCAUUCAACUGAAAACUCGAUACCGAAUAUAACAGCUUACCUAAACUUGUUCAAACAGCUGGAAAAAAUAAAGGAAGAAUAUGCUUGUAAAAUAUUUACCGAUAGUAACUUGUGUCAUUUUAAAUUGUCUGAGUUUGAACAAUAUGAAAACCACCGAUUGGAAAUGGUACGAAUUUCGCCAACAGAAUUCAAGGUGACCGACCAUAGCCUGCCAAAUUUCGGAGCGUCGAAUCAAUUAUUCAAAGGCCACAGUUCUAUAGAGAUGCAUACUAUUUCGUUUGUUCAUUUAUUGGAUCAAUUGGAUGAGUUUUAUGCUAAUUUGCACAAAAUAGAUGAGCUUUGUUACGUUGUUGAUCCAUCGGUAAUUGAUACACGAACCACUUGGCGAAUCAUUAAGUUUAGUCAGAAGGUUUUUCUAAAACUUAUUUUUCACCCAUUGCAACCUUCAUCGAUUGUAGUGAAUUUUUUUGGUCCAUCCAAGGAAGUGGAAUAUUUAAGGGAACUUUACGACGACAAGAUAGAAGAUUGGGAUCCGGAAAGUGAUGUGUACACAAAUUUGCUGCGAACGCUAGAGAUUAUGUCCUUUCCUAUGCGAAACCAGGACGACACCGUUGAUGGUGAAACUAGCAAUUGUGGAAUUUGCUUGACGUACAGAGAUGACCAUGAAAGGAUUCCCAUUGUGUCAUGCGACAAUGAUAAGUGUUUGCAGAUAUUUCAUAUCAGUUGUUUGAAAGGGUGGCUUUUGUCGCUGGCUCGAAGCAAAAUGUUUUUCAGCAUCUCAAUAGGAACAUGCCCAUACUGCAAGCAUAAAGUAUCAUCUAGUUUUGAUGAGCUACUGAACGAUCCAGUGUGAUAACGCUAACUUUAAGCGGCUGAGUUUCUUGUUCAGACAUCUAUAUUUCAUGUAAAUAAAAUUAAUUUAAAUCA